AUCAACGGUCCCAUAUAGUGAUAACACAGAAAAGAACCACAAACUCGUGCACUUUGCUUAAUAUGUACCCAUGUAGAAUAUAUUGCUAUUCUUCCAUAGAAAAUUCGACUAAUGAUGAGGUUCAUGUUCUUAUCAAUAUCUCAGCCAGUAUUUAGACGUGUAAACUAGUUGCAAGUAGGUCAGUUUGUUUUUGUACGAAGAAGCGCACAGCGUGUCAGCAUUCAGCAAGAUGAAGCUCCUUUUAUUAGUCUCUAUCAUUGGCUUUGUUCAGCUUUGUUCGACUGCUCCAGCGACAACAAAAAAAGACGCUUUCAGAGAAACAUUGUGUGACAUUUCAGAAGAAGUAAAACUAUGUUCGAUUCCUCCAGAAAAAACUGAGAAAGACGUUUUGAAAGAAAAAUUGGGUGACAUUUCAAACAAAGUAAAAGCGAUUCCAGCUGUCAAUUCAGAAUGGAUUGAUGAGCUCAUCGAUAUUUUCAAGAAAUACAGUGAACACAAUCCAUACAGUGUUCAAUUGGAGAUCAUGGCUCGUUUCUACAGCUUGGGAUUUGACCUAGAUUUUACACAAGUGAAUAACACCAUUCAUAAAUUUUAUCGAGAUACUUACGGUUUUGGCGUAGAUAUUCCAACCGAAAAUCGAACCUACCAUCAAUGCCUCAUCGACUUUGUCGUAAAAUCAAACUCACAACAUAAAUCCCGUGAAGAAAUCAGAGCUAUGGAUGACGAGAAUUUUAAAAAAUUCAAGAGCACACUAACAAAGGGACUAGAGGCUACAAAAUCUAGAGAUUUGGAUUACUACCUACAAAUAGCUUAUAAUAUUCUUAAAAAUAGAACGGCGGGAGGAGUUGACGCAAAUUUUAUUGACAUACUUGCAUCCAUGUAUCAUAUUGGCGCCGGUGUAUCCAAAAGCGCUGCCUGUGGCGUUGUGGCAGAAGUAUUCGAAUGGAGAUUCGAUUGCAAUAUAUAUGCAAAUGCAGAAGAAAAAGACGAUUUGGAAGCAGAAAACGGUGCAGAUCAAUCCAGGAAAACCAUAUAGAUACCACAACAAAUACAUCUGCAUAAAUGAACUUUUACAUUUUAUGACCUUAAAAAUUGAUUCGGGCAAUAAAUAUCGGACAAAGUGUCA